UUCAGUUUUGUCGAUAUAAACCCAUAGUGCAGAUCUGUUUUGUUUUUACAGGCAAGUGGAGUGUGGCUGCUGAAAUUCUUGGAAGCAAGCCAUCAUCGAGAUGGCCUUGUCUUCUCAAGGGCCCGAUGUUCGGUUCCGAGUGAAGUUGACUCUGUUCUUCUUCAUCACCGUGGGUUCACUCAGUCCCGUACCGGCCAGUUUCAUCCGCUUCAAACCAGACACUGAGUACAUCUACGCCUUCCACUCCUCCACGGAGCUGAAGAGUGUUCGAACGCUGCACGCUGAAUCUAAGAUUGGCUUCGUGUUGGUAAAAAGGUCAAACCAGAGCAGUGGGAGCCAGGAGAUUUUCCUGCGUGUUCACUCAGCAGCCAUAACCAGCGACGAAAAACAAGUUGUUCUGAAUGAGGAGAGAGAUUUUUCCAGGUGGUUCUCCUUUGACAUCAACGAGAACGGAGCGAUUGGUCAGGUAUUCCACCCGCGUGAUGAGGACAAUCACGUGAUAGAGGCCAAGAAAGGUCUGGUCAGCCUGUUAGCUAGUAACCUACAACAUCCUCCAGACGAAAAGAGGCAGGCAAAAGGCUGGAACUAUGACAGCAAAGACAGGGGCUAUGAGGGUGAUCACGAGGCGUCCUACACCGCUCAGAUGGCACCAGGCAACGAUGGGAUCAUCGUCUUCACUAAGACUAGACGUACUCACCCAAUACCCUAUGGCAAGACCAAACACCAAAAGGAGAUCCAUUAUAAUCCAGGUCUGCAGCUGCCAGAGAUAGUUAAGACACGGGAUCAAUUUGACGCUCCUCGAGAAUCGGCACCAGGAUUUCUCCUCAGGCAUCAUGCAGAUGAACAAACAAAGAAAGACAAAUGGAAUAUGGAGCUUCCGGAGAUGCAGACCUUUUCUGAAGGGCAACUGACCUUUGUACGUAAGGUGUACUACCCAUCACCCACUGGACCAUCGGAUGAUGAAGACAUUGUGACUGAUUCCAUACAUAUUAAGAAGCUUCCACGCAAUGAUCUUAAUUUCAACAAGACAUCCUUGAAAGAAGAGAUAGUUGGUAAUCUGACAUGCAUGAGAACGGCAACACUGAAAGGAACCCAUGAACAAAACCACUGUUUCCAGGAGCUUGUGCAGACCUUGAUUUCUGUGCCUGAUGGUCAGCAACUGGCUGAGAUGGUGGCUCCUAUGUACAAACCACCACUGUCCAGGCGUGCUCAUGACAAGCAAGACAGGCUGAACAUGUUGGAUGCUGUCGCCUCAAUGUACACUGAUGCCUCACAGUCUCUUCUCACUGAUAUCAUCCUCCUGUCUCCCAAACCUGACAAGGAGCUGGUACAGAGACUUCUCAUUGCCUCGGUUGGCUUCAAGAAAACUAUUUCCCAGCAUUACUUGAAGUCUGUAGAGGACAUCGUCUUCCAACCAGAAAAGUUCCCAGAAUGUCUGAGAGACCCUAAAAUACAGAGAGUUGCUGUGCUGGUACUUGGUGCCUUAGCUGGUCACCGAUGGCAAGCUGGAUACAAAGCAGAAGCAGAGUCCAUUGUUGUAAAGAUUGAGGAUAAACUUGGCGUGCACGAUCCGUGGACCUAUGAGAAGACUUUGAUGUCACUCAGAGAGGAUGAACAAGAGGAGUUCCACCAUGACACGGUGGCUUUGAUUGAAGCUCUUGGCAAUGCUGGGCUUCAUCGCUCCUUCCCUCACAUAGAGAGCUACACCAACUCAAGCUCCACUCAUCCACUGCUGAAAAGGGCUGGUCUGCACUCCAUGAGAGACUACCAUCAUGACAAGGCGGCAGGGGUUCUCUUGAAGUCUGCCCUGGAUGAAGACGAGGAUGAGCGUGUCAGAUACGAGGCCUCGCUGCUCUACAAGAAUCACCCCAAUGGUGGACACCAUAAUGCCUUCAAGUUUGUCAGCCCUGAAGAAUAUUCUACAACCAAUUCCUCCCAAGAUGUGGCAACCACCACAGUGCCAAGUGCUCCCUCUAGGCGUCGCUUGAGGAGGAGUUUCUUGGAUGGACAAGAGUUCAAGUUACAAAGUCCGUCUAUCGACUGGAAGAAACUCUUGGGCAGCAAAGCGCUUGGAGCUGAGUUCGGCCUGACCAUCAAGAAUGAACUUGAUAUGAAGAUUGCUCCUUUGAAUAGUCACCUGCGCGUGGACCUUUUCGAUGAGGCGUAUGCCACCGUUUUGGUUGGAUUGGCUGGUUUUUCAUGGGAUAUUUUCAAAGCUCGUUUUUGCUUCAGUGGCUACGUUGAAUACAACCUCAACAUACUGCAGGAAUUUGGUGUGGAACGUAUCAGCGACUUUGCAAAAGCAUAUGAUCUCAUAUUUGGAAAGGUUUUUGGCAACAUCAAGAAAGGAGUAGACAUAGUUGUUGAUCUCUUCAAUGGUGAAAUCAGCAUCAGUCAACUACUUGACAACUUUGCUCGGUCAUUUGACAAAAUCCCCAGUUCCAUUUCUGAUUUGAGAUCAGUGGCUACUAGGGCCGUGUCCCGACUGGCUCAGUUUGACCCAGCCAAGCUCCCACCUUCCUUCAGAGGCGUCAUCAAUGUUGUCAACAAGGCUGCUCAGCUGUUUAGUGACAUCAAGACAGAUAUUAUGGAAUUUUACCAGGCUUUCAGUGAGGCAAUCACUGUUACUUUGCCCUGGGCAGCAGAACGGAUCUGGAAGUCUAUUGUUUCACUUAGAGAGUCUGUGAUGGACUUAUUUAAGUCACCACUGAAGGCCAUAAGUGACAUGUUCAAAGGAAUCCUCAACAUUAAACUGGCAGUUGAUGAAAUCAGAAAUGCCAAGAAACAAAUACAAGAAGCCCUCUUCUUCAAGGGAGAUCAGACACCCUACUGGUUUAAGCUGCCCCAGAUCAUCCUAGAUAUGCUUCAAGAGUUGGGGGAACACCUCAGCAACAUCAGGCGAGAUCUUGUCACCUGGGUGGAUGAGGUUGACAGCUCAUCAGAUCCCAUCAAGAUGUUGACUGGUGGCACUACAGACUCGUUUACAGUGAGAAGACAAGUCCAAGCUGAGAUUGAGUCUAUCUUCCAAGACCUGAUGGGUCCAAUGCAGCCUGUUGCAGACCUCUUGAGUCCCUUCUUUGAUCUGUGUGACCAUGUAUUUCGUGCUGUUGGAGCUAUAAAGGAAGCUUAUGAGACUCUCAGGGAUGGAUAUCAAAAGUCUCAGGCUCUUGUCAUGAGACUGUUGGGGCCUAAGGCUCAUGAAAGAUUUCCCAGGAAGUACAGAGAGCCCGGAUCAGAGCUGUGUGCGUCAGGAGGAUUCUACCCAACGAACUCUGCUGGACAAUAUGAACAUCAAGGUGUUGAUCUGGAAAUACCCGCAGGGGCAAAGUUGGUGGCCCCAUUUUCAGGAGUCCUUUUCAAGAGUGAGGGCAAACCCAACCAGGUGACUCUCCUCGCUGGGGGUGGCGCCUUCCGUAACAUCAGGAUCACCAUUGACAACAUUGAACCCAACAGAACUCUGUCUGAAACCGAGGGAGUGAAUGUGAUAGCUGGCACUGUCAUAGGUACUGUGGGCCGGUCAACAACCUGCAGACCAUCCAACUACAUCCACCUGUCCAUGAAGAAACUCAAGCCAAAUCGUCUGGCGUCAUUUCUGGACAGUGCCCUAGAUGAUGAUCCGUCAGCUGCCCAGCUGGCGGCAAGGGAGGGAUACGUGGACCCCAGCAACUACGUGGCUAAGAGACCACUGGCAAUGCCCAAGUGGAUUCAACUAUGUGAUGAUUACAAACUGGUGUGGCGGGGAGAGACAGUAUUGGAAGGUUCUUUACUGGGACAUAACAAGAACAGGACAGAGGAUACAAGUCCGGAGCGCCAACCUCCCCCCGACAUGACCACCAAUAGACCUGACCCCAGCAAGAUUGCACCUAGAUGGCCAUCCUCUCUUGAUCAAGCAUUGUCAGAAGCCAAUAAACAAGAGACUGAGGACGCUCUUGGCCUCCCUCCACCGAAAACGGGCUCAGGUUCUCCAUUCCAGAACUUCACGUUGAGGAACUUGAAGAUCGGAUCCAUUCUGGCAUUUGCCCGUCGACUUGGACAGGAAAAAACUGCAGAUGAAUUGCUUGCUGUUGUCCAGACAAUUGUUAAACUUGUGAGUGAUAAGCCCUGUGUUCUGCCUGAGUCUAUGUCUGAUGAUUUGCUUAGAAUUGAGCUUCAACAACGUGGCUUGAGCUCUCAGGGAGACAGGAAAACAUUACUCCAUCGAUACAAACAGCCUGAUGACCGUUGUCCACUGCUUCAAGUUUCCUUGCCCAAGAAUGUGUACUGUAAGAUUGACCCAAGCUGCCUGGGUGUGGAGUGCUGUAUGAAUGUCAAACUCUUCAUGGUGUCUCUGGCCUUCAAGGCGUUUAUGCGUUUUGACCCGUGCGAGUUCCAGUUUGUCCUGGGAGUCAAUUCCUGGAACCACACAAUCCAGAUCCUGGAGGCCGAAUUUGGAAGAGAAUUGGACUUGCCAGUGCCCUUUGACGUACCAUUUGUUGAAGGAAUGCAGCUACUUCUCAGGUUCACCAUUGAUAAGAGCCCUACCAAACUGCUUGUCAGCUUGUCUGUUGGCCUCUGCCCAAAGACCGGAGGUGCAGACUGCUUGUCAUUCAUUGAUGUGCUGACAGAUUCUGUCAUCCCUUUACCAAUUUGUCAUCCCAACGAGACCAUCACAUGGCCAGACAUUGAUCUUGAGGAAUAUUUCUCCCGUGCUAACCUGAAGAGGAUUCUUAAAGAGACAGGGGAGGAGAUACUGCAGGCUGGGGCAGAACUUGCUUUGAGCUACGCAAUGGACGAACUUGGCAUACCAAAGGAAUUACUGAGUAGUAAGGAACCCUGCCUAACACCAGCCACCAUGAGUGAUUCACAGCUGAUUGCUAGCCUAGAAGACAGACAGCUUGCAACUACAGGAACCAGGAUGGAAUGGGAAGCAAGGCUAUCUGAGGAUGACAGAACUUGUAAGUUCUUAGCCUUGCCAGUGUUCUCCCCUGAGCUGGCUAAGGUGGCCUACUGCUCCCUGAGUGACAACUGCCUCCGUCUGGACUGUUGUCUGGAACUCAACCUCCAGAAGUUAAAAUUCCGCCGAUCAUUCAAAGCCUCCAUGGAGGUGGACGCCUGCGAUUUCACCUUUAUCAUUGCAUUUCAGCACCUGAAGUACAAGAAAUUGCUACUGAGUUAUGAGUGGGGACAACCACAGCAACAAUACAUUGGUGUGAUUGCCCUGAAAUAUUCCAUUGACAAACUGGAUGCUGAGAAGGUGUUUAAGAUCAACUUUGGGGCAUCUGUCUGUCCCAGCGGCGAGGAUUGCAUCUUUGAUUUAGACAUCAUUCAGGACUACAGGGUUCCCAUUCCUGUUUGCAACUCCAACUUUUCAAUCUCCCUUCCAGGAGGCAAUACCCUGAGUGAGUUUGUGGCUGCAGUAGGUCGAAAUGCUGGUCAGCAGGCCAUAAACAUCUUUCUGGAGUACAUUGGACUGAGGGAUAAGAUUAAUGAUGGACGUUGCGACACUACAGCCCUGUUUGCAGUAGAUGAAGAAGUUUGCACGGACGUAAGCCUACCAGCACUGUCAAAUGGACUGACCUGUCAGAUUUCCCACCAAUGCCUGGGCAUUCAAUGCUGUGUUGAACUUGAUGUGCAAGUCACCAUACUGUCGGUCAAUGUGUGGCUGAUUCUAGACCCAUGCGAGUUCACGCUGUCUGUUGGGUUUGGAAAGUGGUCCUUGACGUUCACCAUAUUUGACUACCACUGGGGUACCCAGGAGCACAUCAAGAUUGGCAAAGCCUUGACCCUCAUCUACACCAUCGACAAGCUGACUGAGGCCAAGGUGUUUGUGCUGGAUCUAGCCCUGUCCCUCUGCCUACCAGAUUCAGAGUGUAACACGCCCUCUAUUGACAUCCUCAGGAAAACAAGAGUGCCGAUUCCACUCUGUAAUGAGAAUGCUUCAUUCACUCUUCCAGGGGAUGGAACCGUGAAAGGCUUCUUGCAGAUGGUCGGCCACAAUGCUGCCGAUAUAGCCAUGGAUGCCAUUCUGAAACACCUAGGGCUGUUUGAGUACAUCAGUCGGGAGCCAUGUGUACGUCCGCAAGUCACACAGAAUGGUUGGCAGAGACUUUGUCCGCGAGAUAUCAGGCUUCCUCACCUACCCAGAAACCUCGUCUGCACCCUGCCAGAGAAGUGUCUCGUGUUCGAUUGCUGUCUGGAGCUCCCAAUCCCAGGAAUCGCUCCCAUCAGCACUCGGAUCUCCUUCAUCUUUGAUCCUUGUAACUAUCAUCUGUCUGUGAGUCUGGGUAGCUUCAGCCAGGAUCUGCAAGUCUUGUCCUAUCAGUGGGGUCAGGAAGAAGAAGUCAACAUUGGGAAGGCUGUUACAAUACGUAUGACCAUUGACAAGUUAGAUGCAGAGGAGUCCUUUCAGAUUAAUUUUGACAUCUUCUUCUGCUUGGAUGGUGACUGUACAACCACACCGGUGCUCCGCGAUGCGUUGGUCCCCAUCCCGCUCUGCAAUCUCAAUGCCUCCUUUGAGCUGCCAGGGGAUGGUAGCUUUGCUGGACUGGCCCGGACUCUAGCUGAGGACAUUGGGGAGUUGGCCAUCCAGGCUGGCCUCCGAAAACUUGGAAUCCAGCAAUACAUCAACAACCAGCAGUGUGAUAUGGAGAUACUUGCCCCGAGUGAAAACAAAUGUCCACUUCUGAGGCUGCCACCUCCAGCCAGCUUCCUGACCUGCACAGUGGAUGACCGAUGCCUUGGCCUGACAUGCUGUGCCUCCCUGGACCUGAUCUUCACUCAGUUGUCCACUACCACUUGGGCUCUCCUAGACCCCUGCGAAUUGAAACUGUCUGUUGGGCUGGGGUCGUGGUCAAAGAAUGUCACGCUCUUUGAAUACGACUGGGGAGUGGAUAAGGUGCUUGACAUCAGUGAUUCUGUGCACAUAAUGUAUAAUGUUGACAAGCUGACGGCACUGAAGGAAUUUCAUAUUGACCUCUCGGUAACCCUGUGCAUAGACGGCAGCUGCAGACCCAUCCGUCUGCUCCAGGCAGCUCACGUGCCCAUUCAGAUCUGCAACUCCAAUGCCACCCUCACCUUGCCUGGGAAUGGCACCAUCUCUGGCUACCUUGAGAGCUUAGGGGGUCAGGUCACUGAAGCAGCUGUAGAUAGGGUACUAGACCAUUUGGGACUGAAGAAUUUCCUGUCCAGAGACAUGUGUAAUCUGCCCAGAGUGCUCGGAGCAGGCAGUGACAGUUGUUCAGUGCAGUUUCCUGACAACCUUCCCAGCUUGUCCUGUCAUAUUGGCAGCCGUUGUACAAGUUUUCACUGCUGUCUAACGCUGGAUCUCAAGCUGACCCAGAUCAGCACCAAGGCCUGGUUUAUCAUUGACCCAUGUGACUACAAGGUGUCUGUUGGGCUAGGAAGGUGGUUCUUCAAUGCAUCGCUGUUUUCCUACAAGUGGGGAGUGAUGGAAAGUUUUAUGGUUGGGCAUGCUCUCAGUGUUAUGUAA